UGCAGGCGGGGCAUAUUUCUGAGCUCAGGAAAGUGAAACUAACCCUGUUACACUGUCCAGAGGGAGCCAUGGCCUCAGACAACGCCUUGGAAAGUCUCCGGGAGGAAGCUACAUGCCCCAUCUGUCUGGAGUAUUUUAAGGACCCAGUGAUUAUAGACUGUGGGCACAAUUUGUGCCGAGCCUGCAUCGCCCAGUGCUGGGAGGGAUCGAAUACAGACAUCUCCUGCCCUCAGUGCAGAGAAACUGUACAACAGGGAAACCUCAGGCCGAACAGGCAGCUGGCAAAUGUUGUAGAAAUAGCCAAACGGCUGAGUUUACAGGCAGCAAAGGGAGCAGGAGGGGAUGGGGUCUGUGGGGAACACCAGGAGACUCUGAAACUGUUCUGUGAAGAGGAUCAAACUUCUGUCUGUGUGGUUUGCCAUCUGUCCAGGGCUCACAGAGAUCACAGGGUGGUUCCCAUAAAGGAGGCAGCCCAGGAGUACAAGGUGAAACUCCAGGGAGCCCUGGGCCCUCUGAGGAAGGAGCUGGAAGAGGCCCUGGUUCUGACGUCUAAAGAGGAGGAGAAAACCACAGAGUGGCAGAGGAAAGUGAAGAAUAAGAGGGAGAUGAUUGCAGGUGAAUUUGACAAGCUGCACACACUGCUGAGAGCGGAGGAGCAGCUGCUUCUGCAGAGAUUGGAGGGGGAGGAGAGGGAGACUCUGCAGAGACUAAGGGAAAAUGUCACCAAACUCUCCCAGCAAAGCUCCUCUCUGCAGCAGCUGAUCGCAGAGAUAGAGGAGAAGUGUCAGCAACCGGUUCUCGAGCUGCUAAAGGAUGUGAGAAGCACAUUGAGCAGGAGUGAGAAUGUGAAACUCCAGGAACCAGAAGCUGUCUCUACUGACCUGAAGAACGUGUAUAAAAUUUCCCUUGACAUGAAUGAAGUGUUGAAGAGAUUCGGAGACAAACUCCAUGCUGAGCUCAGGUGGAGAUGCGCCCAGCUCUACGCAGUGGACGUGACUCUGGAUCCAGACACGGCAAAUCCCAAACUCAUCCUGUCUGAGGAUCGGAAAUGUGUGAGACUCGGAGACACACGCCAGGAUCAGCCCAAUAACCCUGAGAGAUUUGAUCCUUGUGCCUGUGUCCUGGGCGCUGAGGAGUUCGUGGGUGGGAGGCGUUACUGGGAGGUGGAGGUGGGAGACAAGCCUAAGUGGGACCUGGGGGUUUGUAGGGAAUCUGUGAGCAGGAAGGGGGACAUCACACUAACAACCAAACAGGGCUACUGGGCUGUGACUUUGAGGAAUGGGGAUAAAUACUCAGUCUCCACCUCCCCCUGGACCCCCCUCCCUGUGAGCGUCAGGCCCAGCCGGGUGGGGAUUUUCCUGGACUAUGAGGCGGGCGAGGUCUCGUUUUACAAUGUGACUGACAGGUCCCAUCUUUUCACUUUCACUGACACCUUCUCUGGGACGCUCCGCCCUUAUUUCUGUCCCUGUAACAACACUGGGGGUACAAACACGGCUCCCCUGAUAAUCUGCCCGGUCCCAGCUCAGGCCGGAGGGAAUCUCUGUCCCUGACAGUGACCCCGCGGCACAGACUGUCCCCUCCCAGCCCUGCUGCUCUUCCCGCCCCGGUGAUGGGCGCCAGUUACUGCAGCAACUGGACUUUUUGUGCUGACCAGACGCUGCCAGUUUCCCUGUUCAACUGGAGCUUCCAGUCGAAAAAUAGACACCUGGCAACCCCCAGCCCUCACCUUCCCUGUCCCCUGCCCCAGGGGUAGUGGAUGGGGUCAUUUAUCCCUGUCAGAAUUUUCUACCCCUGUGAAAGCUCAACGUAAAAUAUGAAAG